AUGGAUAUAUCGUCGAAGUUUAAUAUCAUUAGCAAGAGCUUGUUCGAUAGACUUGGAACAGAUCAUGGAAUAAGACCGACUUGUGAUCCGGUUAAAAACCUCUAUAAAGAUGCAAUAGGUGAAAUAAAUUGUUUAGAUUUACAAUUUCACUAUAAAGGAAAAUGGCAAAGUUUGGAUGGUACUGAUGCAAACGACUUCGAAAUUCGCAAGAAUCCAACAUUUGAUCUGGUAUUGGGACAAGGUUGGUUAUGGGUGCACGAAGUAAAGAUACGUUUUAAUCCGGAUGCUAGAAUUGUCCGAUCUAUUAUUGGAAGAACUCAUGAAUAUGAUUGA